AAAAAAUGAGUUCCUGGUUUAGUUGCACUGUUAAGAGUGAGGGAAACGUAGCAGGGAAAACAGAUGCGAAUGAAGGAAGGAUGGAAGCAAGCAAGCAAAGCAGUGAUGAGAUUCGGUCAGCGUCGCCUCGUUGGUGGACUCCUCUUUGCGGCGGUGGCAGCAUCUGGUCAGUCAGUACCCAGACAGCCGGCGGGGAGGCAACACGCAGCGCCCUACCCCUCUCCGUCUCACACGCGUCGUUCACCUCGCUCCCGUUCACUCCCCUCUCACGCCUCCCGCCAUGACAGCCCUCCACGUUCCUUAAUCGCUAAAUAGACACAUUAUUCGAACUUUUGAACUCGAGUGAAGUGACUGAAGUGACGAGUAAGUGUCUGGGGCAUUGGGAAGAGUGCCUGGUGGUGGUGGUGGUGGUGGUGGUGGGUGCCUGUGCCUGGCUGCCUUCCACACCUGUUGAUUGGCUGACUUCACACCCUCAGAGCCGCCCCACACCUGCCACACCUGCUCCUUGAAGUCGGGCUUGCCUAACAACGUGGUGAGCCAGAGUUCGAUUCCAUGGCGGAUGGAGACGAUUCAUUCUCUCCGUUCUCGUCUCUUUUCGCUCCAUAACUCCCGUGGAAAAUAAGUAUCGGGAUCCACUUGUCUUAAGAGCAGCUCGGGCUCUUCUACAGCGAGGCUAGCACCGAGGUCCCUCCGAUGUGCUGCCUGUCACCUUACAAAACCUGAGAAGUGAAAAGUUCCAAGGAGGUCAGAGGACGUAAGACUGAAGGAACACGUUAAACACAGUGGAAGGGAGAGCGUCAGGUUGCAAGACUUCUGGCCUCGACUGUACCACUAGCAGUCAGAAGAGACUCCACCUUCCUCGCCAUGGUCGCAGACAGGGUGGGGAGGAGGAGGCAGGCGGGACCACUACCCUCGCCUCUCCUUCUCCAUCUCCACCUCCUCGUCCACGUCCUCUUUCACUUCUGCUUCUCCUCCGCCGCACGCCUCGAGUCUGUGAAUCCUGAUGGUUCGUGCUCGACUGGGUGGUUCCUGUGCACCUCCACGGGCGAUGUGUGUCUCGAGCAACGUUUCCUCUGUGACCAAAAGGAAGAUUGUCCGGAUGGCGAGGACGAGAUCGACAACUGUGUCCCUUACGAGGCGGACAGCAACCUCACCGUCAAAAUCCUGGAGAAGGAGAUCCUGGCGCCGGACAACAUCACGCGGUGUGACCUCACGCGUGUUCCUCCUGAGUGCUACUGUCGCUUGGGCACUCACCUCGUCUGCAGGAACGCCCAUCUCACGUCCAUCCCACAAGACUUAGAUCCAAAUGUCACCAGCUUGCUCUUGGGAAACAACAGUAUUGUUCUGUCUCCGGAUGACCUACAGCCCUACCCACGCCUCAACCAAAUAUUUCUGGACCACAACCAGAUCACAGCACUGCCAGCCGGGGUCUUCAGCGGUCUGCCUCUUGUUAAAGUGUUCCUCUCACACAACUUGCUGCGCGACGACCUUAAAUCCCUGCAGGGCCUCAGCUCCCUCUCCAGGCCGAGCUACCUUCACCUGUGCCACAACCUCAUCUCUAACAUCGACCUCGUGCUUGACCUCGUCCCGGGCCUCCUUUCCCUGUGGAUCAACUACAGCCCCGUGACCAUGACUAACAGAACGGUCAGCCGCAACGCCCAGUCCCUCACCGAACUCUGGAUGGAGGGCAACAGAGUGCAGCUGACUCCCGGAGCCUUCAGAGGAUUCACGAACCUGGAGUCCCUGUAUCUUCGCUACAACGGGAUCACUGACGUAGGGAGUCGCGCCUUUGAAGACCUGCGUAGCCUCAAAGACCUUGAGCUCAACUACAACUUGAUUCGACACCUGCGUUCAGACAGCUUCUUGGGUCUCGAAACCUUGGUCAGCCUUAACCUGGACCACAACCCUCUGCUCACCAUCCACGCCAACGCCUUCAAACCUCUGGGAAACCUAGCAAGCUUGUGGAUGGGCAAUGUGGAGCUUAGCAUGGAGUUACUGAUGAACAUCUCAACGCACCCAAGAGACGAGACUCACCUCGCCAACCUGACCCACUUGAUCUUCAAGCGAUUCCGGUAUUGUGGCUAUUUUCCCCACGUGCCGGACUGCUACCCCAAGGCUGACGGCGUGUCCUCGUUCCAGCACCUGCUCGUGCGUCUGGAGCUGCGUGUGGGGGUGUGGAUCGUGUCCCUGCUCACCUUGAUCGGCAACCUGAUGGUGCUAGGGGGCAGGGUGUUCUCCAGGGACGACAACAAAAUUCUCUCCCUCUUCAUUCGCAACUUAGCAGUGGCUGACCUCCUGACGGGACUGUACCUGCUGGUCAUAGCGGUCAAGGACAUAGAGUUCCGCGCCAGGUACAGUGACCACGCCUACUACUGGAUGACCUCCUGGCAGUGUACCAUUACAGGGGUCCUCGCCAUGACGUCCUCUGAGGUGUCCGUGCUGAUCCUGUCCUUCAUGUCUGUGGAGCGUUGGCUGUGCAUCACGUGGCCCCUUGCUGCCCCCAAGCUGUCCCUGGGCGGCGCUAAAAUGGCACUCACCUUCAUAUGGUUCACCGGGAUCUCACUGGCACUGGCACCUGUGCUUUACUACCGGGGCCAGCAGCAGCGGUUCUACGGGACAAAUGGGCUGUGUUUCCCCCUGCAUCUCGACGAUCCCUGGGUUCCCGGCUGGCUCUACUCCGGCCUGCUCUUCGUCGGCCUGAAUCAGCUCGGCGUCAUCCUCAUACUGGUCUCCUACACGGGAAUGUUCUACAGCAUCAGGAGGACCCGCGCCAACACGCCCCUGUCACUCGGGGAUCGGGAGUUCGCUAUGCGCUUCUUCUUCAUCGUCUUCACUGACUGUCUCUGCUGGACUCCCAUCAUUGUACUCCGCAUCAUGGCGCUGGCUGAAGUGGAUCUGAGACCUGAGUUCUACGCCUACGUGGUGGUGGUGCUGCUGCCCAUCAAUUCAGCACUCAACCCCUUCCUGUACACCUUCACCACCACUAAAUUCAGAGCGCAGAUACGACGCUUUCUCUCAGGGCGCGGCGUGUGUCUAUGCGUGUGGGUGCCUCGCCAGGACACAGGAAGUACGGAAGGUUGCCACAGAUCCAUCCACACUGCUACCUCCACCUCCACCUCCACUCCCGCCACACCCACGCUCUCUCACGCCACCCACGCCUCCCCGCUCAUCUUCAGCCCGCUGCCCCCUGAGCCUCCUCUCUGUGCCUCCCUCUGCUCCUCUCACCCUUACAGAUUCGGAGACCACGAGGACUUCCUUCUUCAGGAGCGCCACCCUCAAGCUCACCAAUGGAAGGGACCUCUUGCCAGCCCUCAACGGCACAGCGCCCAUCCACACCGUCGACGAUACCACCGUGGCCGAGGUGUCGAGGUCUUCUCUGGGCAAGGACGAGGUGGUGAAGGUGGAAACGAGGCUGUGAGAUCUAGAUGAAAGUUAAGAUGUGUGAUUAAAGUCAUUGAAACGAAGGAGGAGGAGGAAGAGGAGGAGGGGGGAGUUGAUAAGGGUAAUGAGGGAGAGGAGGGUGAUAGUAAUGGGGAUGUGAAGGAUUGUGAUAUUAAUGAGGAUAAUGAAGAGAAGGAGGACGAGAAAGAGGAGGUACAGGAGGAGGAGGAGGAGGAGGAGGAGGAGGAGGUGGUGGUGGAAGAGAUGGAAGAUGAAAUGUAAUGAUUUAUGUUUAACUGUUUUCAUUGAUCUCUAAGACAUUGGGAGGGUAAAGUAAUUCUCUCUCUCUCUCUCUCUCUCUCUCUCUCUGUUUCUCUCUCUUUCUCUCUCUUAUCCUGGUGUUAAUGAGACAGUGUAAUGACAAAUGAUGCUUCGAAGCUGAUUAUGUUUGUGCUUCGCGAGACACAGACUGAUGCCUCGAGGUUCAGUGUUCAGUAAUUGCUUCGGUGGUUUCAGAGACUCGGUGGUUCAGUGCUUCAGUCGCUCGGUGCUUCGUGAUUCGUUCAGUGGUGGAAGUGGUGAACCUUGCAAUGGUGUAUACAUGUAGUGAAGCUGAUGAACGAUCGAUAACAAGGAAUAGAAGAAAAGUUAGAAAGAAAGGACAAUAGAUAAACUUACACGGGUAAUGAAAAAAAAACAAUUGAAAAAAAAGAAAGAUUAAAUAUGUCGUAUUAUUGCAUCUUUGUAUUAUACUUGUAUAUAUAACAUACUAACAUAAUAGCGCACUGUAAACUUAAUAUACGUACAUACAAUGAUAUACAUACAUAAAACAUUAAAUUGACUAUACACACACAUAUACGUACGUACAUACACACCUACAUAUAGGAGACUCCAAUGUAUACUCUUGUACAUACAAAUACUUACAUAUGUACGUAUACUAAGGCAGGCCAAUGUCUCGCACGGGAAACAACGGGAGGAGGAGAAAAAAGGUAGAGGGGCGAUGUUUUUCCCUCUUCUUUUCCCCAUUUUUUUUUUUUUAGUUUCAUGUGUCUUCCGAUACGUGUGUGUGUGUGUGUGUGUGUGACUGUUAGGACAUGAAACAAUAACUACUACUACUACUACUACCACCACACACACACACACACACACACACACACACACACAGGUAGAAAAGAUAAUUGAUAAAACGUCUCCAUUACAACACCAAAACACAAGUGAAUGAAAAUAGUAAGCAGAAACACUCCAGCAUCUUAUUAUUAAUUACCACAACAUGCAGUGAACAGGUGACAAUCAACUUUUUGACGCGAGACGUGAAAGGUAAUGAGAACACCUAAUUACAUCGCACGCUAAUUAAAUACAAGUAAUAGUGACUACCUGACUACCUGGCUUGAGUUAUUACAGCUGCAGACAGGUACUUAUAACCCUUUGAUGAACACACACCUUGUUACACCUGAGAAACUAAUACUUAAUGAAGCAAAGGUGUAAUGACUCUUCGCUCACGGUAAUUUCUUGUACAUACGUGUAAUAUAUCGCAAAUUGAAACGUGUACGUAAUUAAUAUUAGUGUAAGUAUACGUGUGUAUGUAUGUGCAUGUCUGUCUGUAUGUAUGUAUGUAUGUGUGUGUGUGUGUCGGUAUACAUAAAUAUUCUGUACAUAAUACGCUGCAGAAAAAAAUAAUCUAUGUACAAUCAUUAAGAAUAACUUGUAAGAUAACGCAUUUAUUUUUAUGCCAAACCUCAAACUCAUAUUUAUAUUUUCUUAUUUGACGUAGUUUUAGAAUCAAAGGAGACGAUUAGAAUAGGGGAGAGGAGGGAAGGGAGGGAGGGGAGGGGAGGGGAGGGGAAGGGAGGGAGGGGAGGGGAAGGGAGGGGAUGGAGGGAGGGUGGGGAGGGGAUGGAACGGAAAGACGCGAGAAUGAAGAGAGCGAAACAGAGGGGGAAGGAACGUAAGAAAGGAAGAUGUAGAUGAUAAGUUGAGAAGAAGAAGGAGAGGGAGAAGGAAGAGGAGGAGAAAGAGGAGGAGGGGAAGAAAGACACGCAAGAGGGAAAAUAAAGGAGAAACAUGUAAGAAGUUUUAGAACGAAGGAAGAAAAACGAGGAAAAAUAGAUGGAGUGAAAUGUUUUUGGCUGAGGAAUGAAUGGAGGGAGGGAAGAAAAAAAAAACAUGACGUGGGAGAGGAGGGAGAGGUGAGUGUGGAGGUGUCGGGAGUGUCGUCUGAUACGGGGGUGUUACGACUGCACUCCCGACGCGAGGGUGUGAGAGGGGAGAGAAAGAGGGGAGAGAGAGGAGGAAAGGAAGGGAGAUGGAAAGAGAGAUGAGAGGAGGAUAGGAAAAGGUGAAAGAAAGAGGAAGUAUAGGAAGAGAGAAGAGAGAGGAAGGGAGAUUAGGAAAAAAAGAAAGGACUAGCGAGGGAGAGCGAAGGGAUUGAAAGAAGGACGAGGGGAAAGGGAGGAAGAGGAAUAUAGAAGGAAGGAGAGAAAAUAGGCCAAUAACAGAACAAAGCGAUACAAAGAGACAAAUAUACGAAAGAGCAGGAAGGAGAAAACGGAAUAAAAUAAUAACGAAAGAGGAUGGAGUCAGUAAUAAGAUGAUUAAAUGUUGAGUCUUAAGAACUACGUACUUGCUUGGAGGAGAUGGGAGGGAAAGGGAGAUAAAGAAGAGAGAAAGAAGGAAAGGGAAGACGAAGAGGGUUAGUAAAGGGAGAGGGGAAGGGAAGGGAAGGGACGGGAGGGAGAGGGGGGAGGGGGUAAAGGGAAGAUGUCAUAUGUGUUACGUGUUGGAAUAAUAAUAUGAAAUGUAUAACAGUAAAAUUAUUAGAUGUAUUCUCAUGUAUAUAUAAGCCUGCGUGUGUCUGUGUGUGUGUGUGUGUGUGUGUGUGUGUGUGCGUGCGUUUAUGUGUGGGUGAGUCGGUCAUUCGCCACUGUAUAUUAUAUCUACGUAAUAUAUAUGUACGUAUAUUUGUAUGUAUGCAUGUAUGUAUGUAUGUAUGUAUGUAUGCAAUAGUGUACGUACUUUACUGUUAGUGUAGCGAACGUAGCCGCGUCACACCUGCCCUCCCUCACGCACACCUGGCCAGGCAGCGUGUCACCUGUGCAUAGGCAUUUACCUGUAAUUAAUGAAUCCAUCCUAACGAGAUCUAUCGCCACACUUACCUCAAUCCACUAACCAAUUAUCUCCUUACUGUCUGAUUCACCUUCUCCACUAAUUACUGUUUCCUUGCUGUUCUACUCAAUCUUUACUGAACUCGUAUCUUGCUAUCUAACCCUCUUCUUUUAAACUGUUUGUCGUCAGAUUCCUCUCCUAUUCUUUUUAUAUACGUAUUAAGAAGAAGAAGGAAAAGAAGAAGAAGAAGAAGAAGAUUGUACAGUAGCGUCUUAAUGAAUAAAAAUGUUAGAAUUAUCAUAUCACAUUUGUACUUCUCUUUUGUUCUCGUUUUCUUCUUUACGAAACACUAUUACAGAAACUAAUUAUUUUUCUUGGUGUUUCUUAGUCUCUCUCUCUCUCUCUCUCUCUCUCUCUCUCUCUCUCUCUCCUCUAAUGUGGUUAUGUUAAAAAUUUCGUUUACAGCAUUCCAUAAUUUUAAGACCAUUGAUGUGUGUGUGUGUGUGUGUGUGUGUGUGUGUGUGUGUGUGUGUGUGUGUGUGUGUGUGUGUGUGUGUGUGUGUGUGUCCCCUUCAUACAUUCAACAUGCUAGUGUGUUUGUUGGAGAAAAGAAUAAUAGCAAAAGUAAAAAGGCACUGAAGAUUUGGUCAGUAAUUAUAUAAAUAGGUAUAUAUUUUGUGUGGAAUAAAAUAAAGGGAGAAUCAAUAAAAGGAAUCAACAGUGUAGCUAUUUAUCAGAUCAAAGAGUGAAUAAAGUAUUAAACAUCGUAA